AUGCUGAGAACGAUCCGCCCGCAAGCUGCCCUCCGCGCCGCCAGGCCGCAAGCCCGCACCAUGGCCAAGUUUGCGCCGUACAACUGGGAGGACCCGCUGAACAUGUCCUCCCUGCUUACGGAGGAGCAGCAGGCAAUCCACGAGACGGCGCGCACGUACGCGCAGGAGAAGCUCGUGCCCCGCAUCAAGGAGGGAUGGCGCACGGAGAAGCUGGACCUCAACAUUCUCAAGGAGAUGGGCGAGCUCGGUCUCCUUGGCCCUACGAUCCAGGGAUACGGAUGCGCCGGUACCGACUACAUCUCGUACGGACUCAUCAUGCGCGAGGUUGAGCGUGCCGACUCUGGCUUCCGCUCCGCCAUGUCCGUCCAGAGCUCCCUCGUCAUGACGGCCAUCAACCAGUUCGGCUCUGAAGCGCAGAAGGAGCAGUAUCUGCCGGGACUUGCGAAGGCGGACAUUCUGGGCUGCUUCGGCCUGACGGAACCCAACCACGGCUCGGACCCGUCGAGCAUGGAGACGACAGCCACGAAGAAGGACGGCGGGUGGGUGAUCAACGGGCAAAAGACCUGGAUCACGAACGCGCCCUACGGCGACUUCUUCAUCAUUUGGGCGACGACGGUCGAGAACGGCGUCCGCGGCAAGAUCCGCGGCUUCAUCGUCCCGCGCGAUGCGGGGGAUAUCCAGACCCCGCAGAUCACGAACAAGCUCGCCCUCCGCGGCUCCGUCACUGGAAGCGUGUUCAUUGACAACGUCCAUAUCCCCGCUGAGAAUGUGCUCGAGAAGAGCAAUGGGCUCGGAGCACCGUUCUCCUGCCUUAACCAUGCGCGCUACGGUAUCUCCUGGGGAGUCAUGGGCGCGCUCGAGGACUGCAUCGACAAGGCGCGCACUUACGCGCUCGAGAGGCACCAGUUCAACCGUCCCCUCGCCUCGUUCCAGCUGGUGCAGAAGAAGCUCGUCGACGCCUCAUCUGCCGCAACUCUGGGUCUCCUCGGCUCGCUCCACCUCGGCCACCAGAUCGACAAGGGCGUGUACAACCCCGAGAUGAUCAGCAUUCUGAAGCGGAACAACUGCGGCAACGCGCUGCAGCACAGCCGCAUCCUGCUCGACAUUCUCGGCGGAAACGCGUGUUCCGACGAGUACGGCAUUGGACGGCACGAGGCCAACCUCCAGGUGUGCAACACCUACGAGGGAACGUAUGACGUCCACACCCUCAUCCUCGGCAAGGCCAUGACGGGCAUCAGCGCUUUCGCCAACUAA